AUGGGGCUCGCAUACAACAUCUACCUCAACUCCACGCGCAUAUACGGCUGCAAGAACUGCAAGACGCACCUCUCCAACCACGACGACAUCCUCAGCAGAAACUUCCGCGGGCAACACGGCAAAGCAUACCUUUUCGACAGCGUUGUCAACAUUACAGAGUCGGAGCCCAACGAGCGCAACAUGACGACCGGCCGUCACAUAGUACGCGACAUCCACUGUCGCCAGUGCAAGGAGACGGUGGGCUGGAAAUAUGACAAGGCUUAUGAGGCCAGUGAAAAGUACAAGGAGGGCAAGUUCAUCCUCGAAGCAGAGUUGCUGUGUACCGUCUCGUGA